CUGUUUAUUCCUCCUGCAUGCAAGAACAUCGCACUUCAACUUCCUUCCAUCCUCUCUCUCUCUCUCUCUUAAAUACUUCUCCAGUUCGUUUCCUGGGCUUCCAUUUCCACAAACACACAUACGCAGUGAACAGCUCUCCUCAGCCUCUUUUGGUAGAUCAGAGGGCAAAUCGACCAGAAUAAUUCGCCGAGGAGGCGAAUGGCGACCAUGAAGCUAGGUUCCAAGCCGGAGAUAUUCGUCCUCGAAGACCUCACAUGGAGAUGCAUGACCGAGCUUGAGAGUGACGUUGUUGUCGAAGUAGGAGAGAUGUCCUUUAACCUCCACAAGUUCCCGCUGCUGAGCCGGAGCGGCGUGCUGCAGCGGAUGAUCAGCGAGUACCUACCGCCGGCGGACGGCGGCGGCAUGUGCACGCUGCAGCUGGACGACAUCCCCGGCGGCGCCAAGGCGUUCGAGUUGGCCGCCAAGUUCUGCUACGACGUCAAGAUCGAGCUCAACGCGCUGAACGUGGUGUGCCUCCGCUGCGCGGCCGAGUACCUGCACAUGACGGACGACUACGCCGAGGGCAACCUCAUCACGCAGGCUGAGUCCUUCCUCACCGACGUGCUCGCCAACUGGAAGGACUCCAUCAAGGCGCUCGAGACCUGCGAGGGCGUCCUCCCCACCGCCGAGGACCUGCACCUCGUCUCCCGCUGCAUCACCGCGCUGGCGUCCAAGGUCUGCGCCUCCGACGCCGCCGCUUCGCUGCUCAGGAACGCCAGCGUUGACAAGGACGCGCUCUGGAACGGCAUUGGGUCAGGGGACACGCCACGGGGGCUUCCCGUCGCCUCCUCGGCGGCGGCGGCUGCGUCUGGGAUGGACUGGUGGUACGAGGACGUGUCGUUCCUAAGCCUGCCCAUGUUCAAGCGGCUGAUCCAGGCGAUGGAGGCGAAGGGCAUGCGCGCCGAGAGCAUCGCCGGCGCCAUCAUGUUCUACGCGGGUCGGUUCCUCCCGGGGCUGAAGCGCAACACCAGCUUCAGCAAUGCACUGUCCGGGUUCGGCGGCGAUGCCGGCAGCCGCAACAUCACCCCGCGCGCCGCCAACGUGUCGGCGCCGUCCGAGGGCGACCAGAGGUACUUUUUGGAGGAGAUUGUGGCGCUGCUGCCGACCAAGAAGGGCGUGGCCUCCACCAAGUUCCUGCUCGGAAUGCUGCGCACGGCGAUGCUCCUCCUCGCCAGCCCGCUGUGCCGGGAGAACCUGGAGCGGCGGAUCGGCGCGCAGCUUGAGGACGCCUCGCUGGACGACCUGCUCGUGCCCAACCUAGGCUACCACGUCGAGACGCUCUACGACAUCGACUGCGUGCAGCGGAUACUGGACUACUUCAUGUCGUCGACGGACGGGCUCGGGACCGGGUACACGUCGCCGGCGGUGGCGGAGGAGGGCGGCAGCGGCCUUGGGGCGCCUCAGGCCGGGACGCCUUCGUCGUCGCUGUCGCCGAUCACCAUGGUGGCCAAACUCAUGGACGGGUACCUCGCGGAGGUGGCGCCGGACACCAACCUGAAGCUGCCCAAGUUCCAGGCGCUCGCGGCUGUGGUGCCCGACUACGCGCGCCCUGUUGACGACGGCAUCUACCGCGCCAUCGACAUAUACCUCAAGUCGCACCCAUGGCUGUCGGAGUCGGAGCGGGAGCAGCUGUGCCGGCUGAUGAACUGCCAGAAGCUGUCGCUGGAGGCGUGCACGCACGCGGCGCAGAACGAGCGCCUGCCGCUGCGGGUGGUGGUGCAGGUGCUCUUCUUCGAGCAGCUCCGCCUCCGCACGUCCAUCGCCGGGUGGUUCUUCGUAUCCGACAACGCGGCGGCGGAGGCCGACGGCGCGCGCCCGCACCCCGGCGGCGCCAUCGUCCCCAAGGGCGCAAGAGCCGGCGCGCUGGCCGAGGCCGAGGCCGACACCGACGCCGAAGCGCCCGAGGGGAAGGAGGAGACCAUCACCGAUGUGAAGGCCCGGGUUUCGGAGCUAGAGAAGGAGUGCAAGAGCAUGAAGCAGGAGAUCCGGCGGCUCGGGAAGCCCCGGAGGUCGUGGAGCCUCCUCACCAGGAAGUGCGGCUUCGGAGCCAAGGUGCAACAAGCGCAGCCCGCCAUGAACGGCAAAUAGGAUUCUCUGCUUACCUUGGAGCUAGACUCCUUGAUCCUUUCAUUUGUUUAAGUCGUAGCCUCGCU